CUGUUUAUAAGAAAGUUUUCACGCACUUGGGGACUCGUCGUCGUCGUGGUCGUGACUGAGACACGGACUGAUAGAGCAGAUUUCUGCACAGCAUGGAAUUCACACCGGUUACACUGUUGCUGUCCACACUCAGUGUCCUGUCCGCAUCCAAGGUCGUCGUCGUACCAGAGAAUUACAAUAUUUCGUUCCCCUGGUUUCUGACCAAGAUUGAGACCGUCACAACUGGGGAUGUCAGACUCCGACUGGAUGAUGACUACAGCGGGACCUUUGGGAUCGAGGACCAAACCUUUCUGUUCACCCGGAGGUCCUUCGAUCGGGAAGAGCGGGGCGCAUAUGAGCUGCAGGUUAAUGUUGAAGACUCCAAUGGGAGACAGCUGGAAGACCCCAUUUCUAUCGUUAUCAUCAUUACCGACGCCAAUGACAAUGCUCCAGUGUUUGAACAGGACCUGUAUGUAACCAGCGUACACAUGGGAGCACAACCAGGAUACAGAAUCGUGAGAGUUGUCGCCACUGAUUUAGACGACCCCUCGACCCCCAACGGUCAACUGUACUACGAAGUCAUCUCGCAAGAGCCAGCUCUUCCCUCUGAUGACAUGUUCCAGGUCGACGAGCUGACCGGUGACCUCUCAUUGACUGCGGAAGGGGCUGCUGUGUUAGACAUGGAUGUUGUUGCCCAAUACAAAGUGGUUGUGCAAGUGAAAGACAUGGAGAAACUUAACCAAGGGCACUAUGUGAGGGCAGACGUCAUUAUUAACGUGAUCAAGAACGUUUGGCUCCCCCUCAGCCCUGUCUCUGUGCAGGAGAACUAUGAAGGUCAUUAUCCCCUGGCUAUCUCAAAGGUUCAGUGGAACAACGACCGAGUACAAUACAGACUGGAAUCCCGGGUUCCUAUCAUUGAGGGUCUCUUUAUAAUCGACAAGUGGGGAACCAUCUACCUGACAGGUUCGCUGGACCGUGAGUGGAGGGCUAAGUAUGAGCUGGAGGUUUCGGCACUGGAUUACGAUGGAAAUCUUUACGACAAACCGCUGGAGCUGAACGUGACAGUAACUGAUGAGAAUGACAACAUACCCAUCUGUUCCCCGGAGAUUUACGUGGCAACGGUGCAGGAGUCCGAGAAGAAAGGCACCUGUGUGGCCAAACUGAGGGCUGAAGAUGCAGAUGACCCUUUGACUGAGAACACACAUAUCGUCUUCCAACUACAGGAUCCUCAGGGUCCAAAGGAGUCCCUGUUCACAAUGGACAGUGAGGGGGUCAUCACCUUAGCCAGGGAAAUGAUAGACUAUGACUCACUGACUUACCAGCUCAAGAUCCGGCUGGCUGACCUGGGAGGAGCGGAAGGAAGUUUGUCGAGUACGUGCACAGUCAUCGUCCAUGUGAUUGAGUUGAAUGACAACCCUCCUGAGAUCCCCCAGGAACAGUAUGGACCAAUCAGCAUACCCGAAGAUGCUGACAUUGGCCAUGAGGUUACCACCAUCAAUGCCACAGAUGCUGAUUUCCACCUGUCUGAUGGCUGGUUUGUUACAUUCGUGUUUGAAUCUGGGAAUGAAGACCAGAUGUUUGGAAUUGUCCAGGAUGGGAAGAGCAACGUUGGGAAUAUCAUCCUACGUAAGGUUCUGGACUUUGAGGCUGUGAGUGAAUAUACCCUCGUGGUGAUCGCCAGGAACAGGGAGGAGCUGGACAAUGCCGAGUAUGGCCCCAGCUCUACCGCCACGAUCUUUGUCCGGGUGGAGGAUGUGAACGAGCGGCCACAACUGCUGCAGGAGCGGUACGAGGUGAACGUGUCACGGGAAGCACGACCCGGCACUGUGUUAUUGAAGCUGGAAGGACGUGACCCUGAUGGCCCAGAACAGCCCAUCCGGUACCGUCUGAGAAAUGCCACCAUAGAGUGGGUCUCGGUUGGCCCUAGUUCCGGGGAGGUGACUUUCCUGGGCAGUCGACCUGCGGGCAGCCCCCACCAGCUGGACGUUCUGGUUGAGGACAGAGAUGACCCUGCCCUGUUUGUCACGGCACACCUGGUGAUCCACAUCGAAGAAGCCUGGGAUGACACUUCCAGCCCACUGCUGGAAUAUUCCGGAGAUUUCCUCUGCACACCAAAGAGAGAAGGGCAAGCGAUCGUCGUCACGGUCUCUGGCAGAACUGUGCCGGUGACCCUGUCUGUCGAUGGACCUCCGGCGGAGCAGAGGAAGUGGAAGCUGGACCAGAGAAACGACACUCUUGCAUUCCUGUCCGUUGGUCUGAGCUGGGUGGAACCAGGUCUACAUCAGGUUGUGAUUGUCCUCCGCGAGAAAGGGGAUACAACAGUGAGACACAGAGAAACUCUACCAGUGCACAUUUGUACCUGCAGUUCCUGGGGUCAGUGCAGGACUGAGGUUGAGCCUAUUCAGGGUAAACCCACUAUCUUGUCCACUCUCACCACCAUCAUCGGCACCUUGGUUGCAAUCGGGAUCUUCUUCACCAUCGUUCUUGUGCACCUCUCUGUAACCAGCAAGAAGCGCAAGAACAGACAAAGGGACAUCAGCAUGGAAGCCUCUCCACUGCACACCUCUGCGUAGUGUGCAGUCCAGCUUCACGGCGCUGAUUGGAAGGUCCAGCUGAACAUCGGGGAGCAUCCACACUGGCGUCCGAGCCAAAUUCCAGUUCUGUUCAUUUCAUUUAUUGCUGUAUUAUGUACUGGACUUAAAGUUUAUAUCUUGAUAUUAGCAGAAAUAAUAGGACAAUCUAACUAUAACUUUAAUUCAACUCAUUUUGCACUGUUAAUCUUCACACGGAUUAAGUUUGUAUCGGAGAUAUGAAACGGGGUGAAAUCAUACCAGCCAUCUCUCUCAGUCCUGAUGCAGGACUGCGAUAUGAAAUGCAGCCAUUCCUUCUCCCCGCUCCCUGCUUACACCAUUCUAAGCAUUCCCCCCCCCCACCCCCCAACAGGCACUGUUUGACCAGCUGAGUUUCUCCAGAAGAUUGUCUGUGAUAGGAUGCGAGUGGUGGGAACUGACAUCCUGCAGAUGGUACAGAUGGGGUGGUGCCAUGGGUACAAAUACACAGGGCUGGAACCAGGGUAGGUCACUUACAGAUACUGAUUCACAUUCAGAUGUGUUUAUCACCUGCACAUUGGAAUAUACAGUGAAUCAUGACAUCUGCAUUAACAACCAACACCACCUAAAGACGUGUAAGGGGCCACACAAUUUGGCGCCAGCAUAGCGUGCUCACAAUAUUUGGCAGAACAACACAAAACAACAACAACAGUAGCAACAGUAGUAACUGUGUCCAGUUCUGGUCACCUCACUAUAGGAAGGAUGUGGAAGCAUUGGAAAGGGUACAGAGGAGAUUUACCAGGAUGCUGCCUGGUUUAGAGAGUAUGCAUUAUGAUCAGAGAUUAAGGGAGCUAGGGCUUUACUCUUUGGAGAGAAGGAGGAUGAGAGGAGACAUGAUAGAGGUGUACAAGAUAAUAAGAGGAAUAGAUAGAGUGGAUAGCCAGCACCUUUUCCCCAGGACACCACAGCUCAAUACAAGAGGACAUGGCUUUAAGGUAAGGGGUGGGAAGUUCAAGGGGGAUAUUAGAGGAAGGUUUUUUUACUCAGAGAGUGGUUGGUGCGUGGAAUGCACUGCCUGAGUCAGUGGUGGAGGCAGAUACACUAGUGAAGUUUAAGAGACUACUAGACAGGUAUACGGAGGAAUUUAAGGUGGGGGCUUAUAUGAGAGGCAGGGUUUGAGGGUCGGCACAACAUUGUGGGCCGAAGGGCCUAUACUGUGCUGUACUAUUCUAUGUUCUAUGUUCUAAAAAUAAACAACCAAAAGAACACAAUCCCCAUUCCUCCCUCCUAAAACACCCACCGACCUACUCACCUACAGACCUACAGCCCCAGCAUAGAACGCCACGGGGCCACCACUCUCUGUGCAAAGAAAAACACGACUGUCUAUCUCCUUUAAACAUUUCCCCUCUCAUGUAAGUCUACAGAGCUUAGAGCAGUACAGCACAGUAUGGGCCCUUCAGCCCUCGGUGUUGUGCUACCCCACACUCAAUUCACCCCUUCUCUCUAUUUCCUCAUAUUCCACAUUUAUUUAGAGAUACAGCACAGUAACAGGUCCUUCUGGCCCAAUGAACCAGCACUGCUCAGUUACACCCGUGUGACUAAUUCACCUGCUCAUCCAUCUUUGGAAUGUGGGAGGAAACCAGAGCACCCAGAGGAAACCCAUGUGGUCCCACUACAGGUCCUAGUCCAGAUCACUGGCACUGUAAUAGCAUCGGCUAUGCUACCAUGUCACCUCUGGGAAUAGAAGGGUCCAGAAGUCCCACAUAAGUAUGGUGGACAGGGUAAUUCCUUAUGGACGUGAUAAGUUGGGAAAAUCUCUCAUUACAUUUAACCAGUAGUUGGGGAUACAUCUGAAGAGUGUGACGUACAGGUCUACAUGCCCGGUGUGGCCUACAAGUCCAGUGUGGGAAGGUGGGAUUGGGCCUAUUUCAUAUCGUAAGAUGGUAGGGUGAGUGUCCUCAUUUUAUCUGCUAUAUUUGUUUUGGUCUUCUGAUUCUCUAUACGUGUCACAAGAUGAUGUAUUGUGGGCGUGAUAUACCUGCAUGCUAUAUUGUGUGAUAUAUCGGGUCAUAUGCUAUGUGUGAUGUAUAGGGGUGGUAGAUUAUGAGUGUGGAGAUUCUGACUGUAGUAGAUGGGAAGAUAUAAUCAGGGAUAUUCUGUAUAUUGGGAGUGAUUUGGCCAGAUACUGUCACUUUUGUUUGUAAAUUCUAAGAUACUUUCUCUAGAAAAGAGAAUAUUUUUCCAAUUUA